CGUGUUAGUACGGCGGACGGAUAAUUCAGAUUUCAGGCCUCAGGCAGCAGCAGGAGCAGCAUCAAAUCCAACGACUGCCGACGCCGAAUCACGCCACUUUUGUCGUCAUUCUGCUGGUAGGUGACGCAAAAUUGGUUUCGGUCGCCGCGCGGAAAGGAUGAACUGAGGCGUUUUGUGUUCUUCGAAAUUGGCAGCGUGGACGAGGGGCCAAAACCACCACCAUGAAGUACCUCACCAAGGAACAACUCUCCGGCUUCGAGCACUACAAGUACAGCUCGAUAGACACCAGUCCCCUGAGUAUUUAUGUGAUGCACCCGUUUUGGAACACAGUAGUCAAGUUGUGUCCAAGAUGGGUGGCGCCAAAUCUGCUGACGUUUGUGGGAUUCCUGUUCACAGUCCUCAAUUUUUUCCUUUUUUCGUAUCUCGACUACAAUUUCUACGCGUCGAGCGCCGACCAUCCUGAAGUGCCGCCCCUGCCCAGGUGGUUAUGGGCAGUGGCAGCCCUCAAUCUGUUCCUAGCUUACACGUUAGAUGGAAUCGAUGGUAAGCAAGCACGACGGACUCAGACGAGUGGCCCCCUUGGGGAACUCUUCGACCACGGCCUGGACUCCUACACAACCGUCUUCAUCGUCACCUGCAUGUACUCGGCGUUCGGCCGGACCGAUCACAGUGUGUCACCUAUCAGAAUGUACUUUUGUUUCUGGAACAUCUUCCUCAACUUCUUCAUCUCUCACUGGGAGAAGUACAACACGGGCGUUCUCUUCUUGCCGUGGGGCUAUGACGCCUCAAUGCUGGCAACCAUGGCAACCUUCACAGUGACAGCAUUUUAUAGCCACACAAUUUGGAACUUUGACGUGUUUGGCAGUGUGACAUGUGGACAAUUGUUUGAAUUAGUGUUCUACGUCAGCGCAAUUCUCUUCAAUGUACCCGUUUCCGUGUACAAUGUCUAUUUAUCUUAUCGAGACAAAACAGGGAAAAUGCGAACGCCCUUGGAGGCAUUCCGGCCCUGCUUCUCGGUAGUUGGCUUUCUGGGCCUGUGUUCCUUUUGGGUGGUCUAUUCGCCGAACAAUGUGAUUGAAAUUGACCCGAGAGCCAUUUAUUUCAUGACGGGCACCAUCUUCUCUAAUAUCUGUUGCCGACUUAUUGUCUCGCAAAUGUCAAACACAAGGUGUGAAGCCCUGCACUGGAUCAUCCCACCUCUAUCUAUCAUGGUGCUAGUGCUGGUUUAUGUGCCUGCAGCUGCUGCUUUUGAGCUGCCCCUGCUUUACGCAGUAACUUUUUUAGCCACCAUCACUCAAAUUCACUACGGCACCUGUGUGGUGCAAGAAAUGUGCCAUCACUUCAAAAUAGAGUGUUUCCGAAUCAAGGACAAGUCGGCUUGACUUCUGUGGGACAACACAAAAUGCUAAAAUCCUCAUCCGACUCGUCACCUUUUCCUCAGUUCUUUGGGUUGCAGUUGUGUUGUCAGUUACUUUCAAGUGUGUUAAUUUACCUCCGGACACCACCUCUGUGGAUCAAAUAUUUCAAUUUCACUGUCUGACUUCUUGGAUCGAAAGAGAACUCGACAGUCUAUUUCUGCCAGCAUACGACUUUUAGGUUUCAUAAAGUUUCCAAUACGAUCUGUGCGGGAUGAAUUGAGAAUUUUCAAAAGUCUUAAUGAAUAUAUUUACUCAAAAUUUGUGAGCGGUUUAGCAAAAAUCAAAUAGCUAGGUACAAAGGAGGAGGUUACGUUCCUCCUUUAAAAUCAUAUCAGUGGGGUUCAAGUUUUAUUGCUUUUAUCUGUAAGAGAAGAAAUUAAUCACCAUGAAUUGCUUCUGUAACCAUAUAUUAGUUUUUAAUUGUUAGUUCUUGCAACGCUUUUGGAUUCCAUCGAAUAUUUUAAAAGUGUUUUUCAUUCCUAGUCUUGCUUCUGUUGUAAAGAGCACAACAUCAGCUAUGCGUGGGUUGGUAUUAUGAGGGAUAAUUAAUUUGGAAGUUUGCUUACAAUAGCCAAGUCAAGAUUUUGAUAGAAAGUUUGAUUUUCAAAUUGAAAUGAUAUUUUGGACGAGUCAAUUUUUGCAACAAUCAUCAGCGUUCGUUCCACACUUGAAUAUAUUACCUCUGGGUAAAAAUCUGUCUUUCACCCCUUUAUGAAUGUUGCCCAUUGAAUUUAAAAACGCUGUAUACACAUGCUCAUUUUACUACUAAGUGAAGAAUUAACUGUACCAAUGGACAUACAAAAAACAGCAGUGCGUCUAGCAAUUUCAGCUUCCAUUUGUACCUCAUUUUGUGUCAAAUAUUUUACCAAAAGCCGGGGUGCACACGCAGCUUUUUUCAUACAUAUGUAGUAUGAGAUUUAAAUUAUAUAAUAAAUGUGUAAAAUUAGGCCAGCAUGUUUCCAUGUGCAAAUCGUAUAUAAACAUAAUUAAUAAUCAAUUGAGUAGUUCUGUAAAUUCAAACGCGUAGUAGAUUUGCAUGAUCAUGUACAAAAAGCUGUGGAACGAAAUACUAAUAAUAAUUAUCUCUGUAUGCUCUGGUCUAUCGAAGUGGCAGUCACGAUCAAACGAACAAGUUAAUUGUGGACAUGUAAUAUUUUUGCAGUGCAGAGCAAGUCUCUGGCACACGGCCAUAUAUAUUAUUUGAAAACAAAAUGGAACACCACUGGUUUGUGUACUACUCAACAGAAAAAUAAAAUUUUGCUAUUUGUAGCAGAUU